AUGUGCUGCAAUAAGGCGUGUUCGAUUUGUUUUCUGGUUAUUGUAAACAUAAUAGUCUUGGUCGUCAAUGUCGCAAUCAUAGCUGUCCUUAUAUGGGCAGAGGCCAAGUGGGACUUUUCCUACUACAUGGACAAAGUGGGCUUCAAACAGUCGCAGAUCAUCUAUUACGUAAUCUAUGGUGUGAUUGGUGGAAUUGCUGUGGUAGCUGCACUUGGAUUGGUUGCCUGUUGCUGCAGCAAGAAGAUUCUGAUGACCAUCUACGCUAUUCUGGUCAUCAUAUUCCUAAUAGUUCUGAUUGUGGUCACAAUAGCCUGGCUGAGUAUUUUUAUCUAUGUCCUUGUGAAGCUGCAUGACCAGAUGAUAGACCAGUUCAAGGACUAUGAGGGGGAGACAGGGUUGAACUCGCCAUCUAUCUUCUACAAUGUGGUGUGGGUCGGGUUGAAGACUUGUGGAGUGGAUGGACCCGGAGAUUUCAAGAAGUUCCAGGUCACCACCAGCGUCAUCAAAGGAUUUACGAACAACCCUUACCCCUUGACCUGUUGUGAUGACCUCUUCGAACACAUAGAUGUAGAUGAAAUCAAAAAUCAAAUGUCACAACAGGAUUGGGACGGUUUGAUAAAUGAUCAGAAAAAAUUUUUCAGCACUUGCAAAAAAAACCCAAAUGAUGACGGGAGUUACCCCAUUCUGAAAAAGUUCAUCACUAUACUAUUCGUAGCAGUGCUUCUAUUCCUGUUGGUUCUAGUGUUGUUUUUGACUCUGCUUGUAUGUGCCGCUUGCUCUGUGAUCAAACAGGGCCCAAAACAGGAUAAAUGGUCCGAUAAGUACAACGGCGGUGGCGGCGGAAAGUAA